AGAGAAUGGCAGAAAUGACAGAAUUAUGGCGAGAAUGUGUACGGUGGAUGAAUGAAUGCGGAAUUCUGGAUGCCAAACAUCGGGUAACGGAAGCAGAUGCUGAAAUCGGUGAAUUCGCAACCAUCCUACGAGAUGGUGUAUUGCUUUGUUUACUUUGUAAUCGACUCUGUGAAAAUUGUAUUGACGUCAAGGACUUGCAACAACGGCCACAAAUGGCUCAGUUUCUUUGCUGUAAAAAUAUAUGCGAAUUUCUGAAAGCAUGUAAAAAUACAUUUGAAAUGAAGCCAGAAGAUUUAUUCGAUCCAUGGGAUCUUUAUCGCCUUGAUGAUUUUGGCAAAGUGCUCAGGACACUUUCCAAGCUAUCUAUGUCUCCUGUAGCGAAACUUAGCGGUACCAGAGGAUUCCCAUCGCGUAUAUCCUCACUAAAUUCCGUGGAAUAUUAUAACGACAAAGUUAUUUACAAAAAUCUCCGCCAAGAAGCAGAAGUAAAUGAGCCUGUGCUCGAAAACGCUUAUGAUGUGGGUAUCGCGGAGGAGGAGAAGACCAGUGGCCGAAUCUACGAUUCUAUUGUCUGUCAGCGAUCUAACAGUCAACGAGAAUUGAAAGCUAUCGAAUAUGAUAAGUGGAUAAAUUUCAAACCGGAUUCUCGUCGUGAACAUUGUAUCAAGGAAUUAUACGAUACCGAAUCAAACUAUGUUGAGAAAGCACUGGAUAUGAUCAUAAAUAAUUUUUACACACCACUGGAGGAGGUGCUAUCAAAGGAUGAUCAUAAAAUGAUCUUUAUGAAUAUUUUGGAAUUAGCAUGUAUUCAUCGCUCAUUUCGUGAUCAUUUGCGGCAAGCUGUCUUCUAUACGGUUGGUUUGGAAGAACCGACGAAUGACGAAAAGCCGGUGACAAUUGGAGAUGUCUUCAUUACAUGGAAAGAGAAAUUUGUGGCUUAUGGAGAAUAUUGUUCCAAAUUACCAAAUUCACGUUCACGUGUUUGUUACUUGGAAAAGACAGAUCCGGUCGUACGACAGAAGAUUGUUGAUUGUGGUGUAGCUGCUAAUCGUAAUCAGUUCCAUUUGCAGGAUCUUCUGAGUAUCCCCAUGCAGAGGGUUUUAAAAUACCAUGUUUUGUUAUCGGAAAUGAUAAAACUUACCUCAGUGGACUCACCAGAUCGCCUACCUUUGGAAGAAGCCAAAGAGGCGAUGCAGGAUAUCAAUUCGUAUGUCAAUGAAAUGAAACGUGAUUAUGAGAUGCAACAACUGGUUAUGGAUAUUGAAACCAGUAUAACUGAUUUGGAGCUGCCCUCAGGUAUGCAUUUAAUUAACUAUGGUCGAUUAGUUAAAGACGGUGAGAUCAAGAUUGCCGAUCAGAGUAAGGAUGGCAAUCGACUAAAAACACGCUACGUAUUUGUUUUCGAUAAAGUGAUGAUUAUUUGUAAAAGUCUAAGAGGAAAUCAGUACUCAUAUCGAAGUGCGCACAUAUUAAAUGAUUAUCGUAUUGGUGUCGAUGCAGACAAUAAUAAUAAAAUUGGUACAAUAACUCGGAAGCUGACAGCCAAUGGUGGUUAUUAUUUCUCUUUAGUGCAAGAAUUAGAUGAUAAUGUUACUAACGUCCUCAAUAUUUGCUGCAAGACGAUGCUUCAACGAGACAGUUGGGUGCAAAACAUCAUAGCAGCACAGAGCAAUGUACGGCCUAAAGAUUCGGAAGCAUCAGGCCACUGUUUGCAAUAUCAUAGCUACGAUAAAGCUACCAUCUGUUUCCAUUGUGAAAAGCUUCUUGCUGGUCUCUUCUAUCAAGGAUACCAUUGCUCCAAUUGUAAGCGAAAUUUGCAUCGUGCGUGCUUAUCGAUGAGUAAAUGUCCAGGAGUUGGUUUUAUACUAACACGAAAUCAGACUCCAAAUAGGCCGAAACAUACUGCUUCCUUGCAGCCCCAUGAAUGUGUUCGCGCAGUACAGUCAUUUCGUUCGAACGAUCCACUGUUCCUGUCGUUCGAAAUGAAUGAUUUGAUAGAAAUCACCCAGCGAAAUGUUGACGGUACACUGACGGGUCGAAUUGUUGCCCUCCCUAACCGAGCUGGACUUAUUCGACCGGAAUUUGUUCGUCGAUUCCGAAUAUCGACAUCGUCAUUGCAUAUGGGUUUGUCGACAGGUACUUCAUUAAGUAGCGUUACACUUUCGUCACCGGUAGAACAUAGUGACUCUUGGAUUGGUUCACCUCAGUUGCAACUGCCUCUUACAAACGGAGAACGCAAGUCUUCUGCCUCGAUCGAAAAUAUGGUUUUACCUCGAAAAUCGCAGAGCCAAGAUUAUGUGAAUACGGAAUUAGUGGGUCAACACUGGUAUCGGGGACCAAUGAAGCGAUGGGAUGCGGAGGAGCUCUUACGUAGUACACCAGAUGGUACCUUCUUAGUGCGAUUCAGUGCCACACAACAAAAAUAUGUGGUCAGCAUAAGUUUCAACGGUGAUGUGAAACACACGAAGGUGGAACAGUCGCCAGAAGGACGUUAUUACUUGGACGAAAGCACAAUGUUUUCAAGUGUCGUGGAAUUGAUCAACUACUAUAGAGAAAAUAAUUUGCGAGAGUCAUUUGAAACUUUAAACACCACUUUACGACAUUCGUAUACCGACAAACAGUCAUAUGUUGCCCUGCAUAAUUUUGAAGCAUCAGAACCGAAUUUUCUUACCUUGGUGGUUGGGCAGAGAGUCUACGUGAUCAGUAGGACUGGUGAAGAUCGAGGAUGGUGGAAAGGCCGCAGUGGUAAUCGAGUAGGCUACUUCCCACUUGCUUAUGUUGCACCAGCAGAAGAGGCAUAGUGCCACCUCGACUUUUCUGUGCAUCCGGCAAGCAGAUCACCUUUGUUCAUGAAUUUUUGCUCAGUGGAUAUGGGUACAAAUUUUUUUUCGUGGUUUUCUCAAAUUCGAUCAUUUCUUGGUAUUUUAAUUAACUUCUUCACGGGAAUUGUAAUUUAAAUGCAUAUUUCUAGAAAUCAGGGGUUCAGCAUUGC